CCCAUGUCGGCCGCAUAAUCCGUGACGUAACAGCCUGGCGGUGCCACCAUGGCUAUAAAAGCCGCCAGGACGCUGAACCCAGUGGCACUCCCCUCCUUCGGUGCAUCCUCCUGCGACAUCGAGGUCCUCCUGCGCUGUGGAAAACCUAGGUUGAAAUCCCGUUGAAUUUCCGCUUAAAGGAAAGAAGACGAAGAGGAAAAACAAACAAACAAACAAACAAAAAUGCGGGCAGACCUUAGCUUCAAGACCAGCUUGUGGGCGUGUCUAUGGGCGUGUGUGUGGGCGUGUGUGUGGGCGGCCGGGAUUCGCUCCUCAGACCCGAACCUGCAGAUCGUUGGCGAACCACAACUGGAUCCAGAUUCGGUUCCUAUGGUGCCCCUCGGGAAUCCAGACACUAUGGAGAACGAUAUUCCAGGACCUCCCUUGAGUCCGAAAGAUUUCGAAAACAGCGCCCACAUGAUCCACGAGGCGAUCGACACCCACCAGCAGGCCGAUCCUAUAGAGCUCGCGGGACUCUACCAAGGGGACAUCAUCCUCAGCCCGAGGGAUCCUAGUUACCCCGCCAUGAACGAUGCCAAACCAGUGCUUCUGAGAAAUGCCAUGGUGGACAUGAGUCAGCGAUGGCCUAAUGGCGUUAUUCCUUACGUCAUUUCUUCCUCUUAUAAUACAAACGAGCGAGCCACCAUCGCCAUGGCCAUCGCGCAAUACCACGAGAAAACCUGCCUGCGUUUGGUACCAAGGACAAUCGAGAGGGACUACAUACAUAUACUGAAGGGCGAUGGGUGUUCCAGCUCAGUGGGCCGAGUUGGGGGAGCUCAAAAAGUCUCUCUCGGGCCUGGCUGCCUCUACGUGGGUAUUGUUAUGCACGAACUAAUGCACGUUGCAGGCUUCUGGCACGAGCAGUCACGUGCAGACAGGGACAACUUUAUUACCAUUAAUAAGCUGAACGUACAGCACGGAAUGUGGUACAAUUUCGAGAAGUAUUCUUGGGAUAAAAUACAGACCCUUGGUGUUGGGUACGAUACAGGAUCCAUCAUGCACUACGGUCCCUAUGCUUUCGCCAAGGAUAGGUCUCUGCCGACGAUUAUCCCGAGGCAAACGGGCGUCGAAAUUGGACAGAGGAUAGGAUUUUCGCCCAAAGAUAUUUUAAAACUUCAAAAAAUGUACAACUGCGUGAACGGAAGCACAGAGAUGGUUAUCACAACCUCUUCACCGAUCACAACCCCAUCGCCAGACCAAUGCGAAGACACGAGUGAGUACUGCACGACCUGGUCUGACCUCGGCGAGUGUCAGAAGAACCCCACGUGGAUGUCCGUCAAUUGUCGCAAAGCUUGUCGGCAAUGUGGUGGUGCCACAGGUAAGGAGUGCCAAGAUAACAACAGCUACUGUGCCUUUUGGUCCGAGAAUGGGGAAUGCACCAAGAAUGCGGCCUAUAUGACGGUAUUCUGCAAGUUGUCGUGUGGAGUUUGUCACAAAGAAGAGGACUACACCCCGAAGUGCGAGGAUAAACACAAGUACUGCAGCGCCUGGCACGAGGCUGGCCAGUGCCGUGCCAACCCUAACUACAUGCUGAUCUACUGCAAGAAGUCGUGCAAGCAAUGUUGAGUCUCCGGGGAAUUCUCUCUCGCUGCGGAUUAGGAUUAGGUUGAGAUAAAUGGAUUCCUUGGUUGAUUGAUAGGUUAUGUGGAUGGGAGGAUUAUGGGUAAGUUAUUAGGGAUGUAUGAAACAUAUACACGGACACACACAAGCACGACGCACCCAAGCACGUAAACACACAACCACGAACGCCUGUUUGGGGCGAAAAAGAAAUUUAUUUUUGAUGUAACUGAAUUUUGAAAAUAUAUCAGUCUAUCUCAGGA